UAUGUUGGAUGACAUUAAUCCAUCAUUAAUCUGUCAGACUUUUGAAGUUUUGCAGUAAACACUAACAACAGGAAGUCAACCCGUUGUGUGUGUCUGCAGGUUGGUACAACCGACUCUUCAUAAACUUCAUCCUGCGGCGCCACAUCUUCUUCUUCAUGCUGCAGACGUACUUCCCCACCAUGCUGAUGGUCGUCCUGUCCUGGGUUUCCUUCUGGAUCGACCGCAGAGCCGUUCCCGCCCGCGUGUCUCUGGGUAUAACCACCGUCCUCACCAUGUCCACCAUCAUCACCGGAGUGUCCUCAUCCAUGCCUCAGGUGUCCUACGUGAAAGCUGUGGACAUCUACCUGUGGACCAGCUUCCUGUUUGUCUUCCUAUCUGUCAUCGAAUAUGCUGCCGUCAACUACUGCACCACCCUGGAGGAGAUGAGGAAGAUGAGGAGGGGGAAGAUCCCCUCCACCUUCAACGCCAGCCAGGCCAUGGCCUUUGAUGGCUGUUUCCAUGACAACGACAUUGAACUGACCACCUUUCCUCGGAUGGCGCCGACACUGACCUCCGACCCCCCUUACGGCCCCGAGCCUGAACUCGGACCCGCGGCCGCCGGAGGGGACGCGUCUGCGGCGGCAGCGGUCGGUGCGGGAGAACGUGGAGCUGCUGGUGAACACAGCUACAUGAUCGACUCGUACUCACGCCUGGCCUUCCCGCUGUCCUACCUGCUCUUCAACACCGUCUACUGGAGCCUGUACUGCUGA